UCGGCGUCGGCGUCGCGCGCGCUCCCUCCUCUCUGAGAGGGCUGUGGUAAAAGCCGUCCGGAAAAUGGCCGCCGCCGCCGCCGCUGCCGCGCCGAGCGGAGGAGGAGGAGGAGGCGAGGAGGAGAGACUGGAGGAAAAGUCCGAAGACCAGGAUCUCCAGGGCCUCAAGGACAAGCCGCUGAAGUUGAAGAAGGUGAAGAAGGACAAGAAGGAGGACAGAGAGUGCAAGCAUGAGACCCCACAGCCUCCAGCCCACCACUCUGCUGAGCCGCCCGAAGGCUCCGCAGCAGGGCCUGCUGUACCCGAGGCAUCUGCAUCCCCCAAGCAGCGGCGCUCCAUCAUUCGAGACCGGGGCCCCAUGUAUGAUGACCCCACCCUGCCCGAGGGCUGGACCCGAAAGCUCAAGCAGAGAAAGUCGGGUCGUUCCGCUGGGAAGUAUGAUGUAUAUUUGAUCAACCCUCAGGGCAAAGCCUUCCGCUCCAAGGUGGAGUUGAUCGCAUACUUCGAAAAGGUAGGAGACACCUCCCUGGACCCUAACGACUUUGACUUCACGGUAACCGGAAGAGGAAGCCCCUCGCGGCGAGAGCAGAGACCACCGAAGAAGCCCAAGUCUCCUAAAACCCCCGGCACGGGCCGAGGUCGGGGCCGACCCAAAGGGAGUGGCAGUGCGAGGCCCAAGGCCUCAGCGUCUGAGGGUGUGCAGGUGAAAAGGGUCCUGGAGAAAAGCCCCGGGAAGCUGCUGGUCAAGAUGCCUUUCCAAGCUGCGCCAGGGAGCAGGGCUGAAGCGGGGGGCGCUACCACAUCGGCCCAGGUCAUGGUGAUCAAGCGGCCUGGCCGGAAGCGAAAGGCUGAGGCCGACCCACAGGCCAUUCCCAAGAAACGGGGCCGCAAGCCGGGCAGUGUGGUGGCAGCAGCCGCUGCAGAGGCCAAGAAGAAGGCUGUGAAGGAACCAUCCAUCCGUUCCGUGCAGGAGACUGUGCUGCCCAUCAAGAAGCGCAAGACCCGGGAGACAGUUAGCAUCGAAGUGAAAGAGGUGGUGAAGCCGCUGCUGGUGUCCAGCCUGGGCGAGAAGAGCGGCAAGGGACUGAAGCCGUGCCGGAGCCCUGGGCGGAAAAGCAAGGAGGGUAGCCCCAAGGGCCGCACGGGUGCUGCCGCCUCACCCCCCAAGAAGGAACACCACCACCACCACCAGCACUCAGAGCCCCCCACAGCGCCUGCACCACUGCUCCCACCUCUACCCCCACCCCCACCCGAGCCGCAGAGCUCUGAGGACCCUGCCAGCCCCCCUGAGCCCCAGGACUUGAGCAGCAGCGUGUGCAAAGAAGAGAUGCCUCGUGGAGGCUCGCUGGAGAGCGACGGCUGCCCCCAGGAGCCAGCUAAGACUCAGCCCGCGCUCGCCACGGCUGCCAAACACCGAGGGGACGGAGAGCGCAAAGACAUUGUCUCAUCGGCCAUGCCGAGGCCAAACAGAGAAGAGCCUGUGGACAGCCGGACGCCCGUGACCGAGAGAGUGAGCUGACUUGGCCCAGGGCGGAUUGCGCAGCCAACCACCGAGAGUAACGGCAGCUGUUGCCUCUUCUCCUUAUGGGUAGGGCUCUGACAAAGCUUCCCAAUUAACUGAAAUAAAAAAUAUUUUUUUUU